AAUUUGUUGAUAUGCUCAACGAAAUGCGUUUCGGGCGGCUUUCGCAAGAAUCAAUCGCCAGGUUCAAGUCUUUGUCACGACCCAUUAACGACGAAAAUGGUCUGGGAGCAACCGAGCUGUCAGUCUUCUGUUCAAUUUGACGGCUGCAUCGAUUGAUUCAAUGCAGCUUCCCUCGUCGAGAGGACGUGGAAAGAUCCAACCAUGGCCGUAUGUCUCAUCUUCAAACCGAGAAAAAAGAGUACUGUGCUUCGGACGGCGGGACGAUCACCGAUCCAAUCCAGCGUGACAAAAUGCUUGCAAACUUCAUGGCACCGAAGAAUCUUGUUCUUCGUGUCGGUGCCCAGGUCAUGUUGAUCAAAAACAUUGAUGAGACGCUCGUCAAUGGCAGCAUGGGCAAAAUUUUACGUUUUGUUGACCCAGCGCUGUACGGGACCGACUAUGAUGAUGUUGAUGGUACCGGGAAUACAGGAAAGCCCAAGUCGGAAAGGAAGAAAACCACGACAACGAACAUGCUCAUGCCGGUCGUGGAAUUUGCGGUGCCGAACAGAGGGCGCAGGGAAGCUAUAAUUAUGACUGAAACCUGGAAAGUUGAGUUGCCUAGUGGAGAGGUCCAAGUGUCCAGGGUACAGGUGUGGCGUUUGAUUGUCUGAUUACACAUAAGCACCUAACCCUUGGUGGUAGCUGCCCUUGAUAUUAGCUUGGGCAAUGUCCAUCCACAAAUCGCAAG